AUGGAUAAGUCUGAGAGGCGAUCAUUAAGAGGGACAGUCACAACUUUGAGAUCAUCUAGAGGGGCUGUAUUUGUGAACCAGGAUGGAUCAUAUGCAUAUAGUUUAAAUAAUGUUUAUUUUAGUUUGUCCAAUGAAAAAUGAAUCAAUAAUAUAAAAUGAGAAGGUAAUUUAAGAACCACAAUAAAUCAUAUUACCAAUGUUUGGAAAUGAUGAAAAAGCAUUUUAUAUUAACCCUUAAGAUUUACCAGAUUUUGUUGAUGAAGUUUUAGACACUUAUAUAACACGUUCAAGAGUUUUUCUUGUUUUUAUGUGUAUUUAGUUGAUAAUUGAAAUCAUCUUUGAUUCAAUGGUUUGGAUAAAUUAGGAUAAAAUAGAAAAACAAGUAAGUGUUUCAGAAUUUAAAUAAGCUAGCUUUAAUUUAUAAUAAAGUUCCUUUGAUUGAUAUCCAUUAAAUGAUAAUCUUAAGUUUUUGCAUUAACAUUUUAUACUAAUGCAUAUAUUAUGCAUCAGGUAUUACAGGUGCAUGGAGUAAAUCUUAUAAAAUCCUUGAUGCCUUUGGAAAUUUAUCAUUUUUCGGAAUGUUUUUACAAAUAUUUUUAUCUUACACUUAUCAGUAAUUUAUAUAUUAAAAUAUAGAUUCGAUAUAUUAGUAUUUACAUUUAAAGUUGUAUCAUGCAUGUAUGCUAAGUUUCUGAGUCACUUGAUUCUCAGUUUGAUUCUGUUACCUCAUUGA